CUUAGGCUCUCAGCCGAGCUCAUGGCACCAUUGCAGCAGUUGCAGUCAGUUAGUACAAGUCGACAGGGCUCUUUCCGGGUGUGCACUGCGAACGAACGGCUCGACCGCGGUUGGCCUCUUUUCGUGCCACUGUGGGGGCUUCUCGGAGCCUCGCAUGUCCUCUCUGCCUCUCUUCUUGCACUGCCCAGAUCUGACUGCAUGCCGCUCUUGCGCAUCUCAUUUCACUGUUGGCUCAUCUCAGCCCCUUCCCCCUCCCCCGGCCCCCAAAACGGAACACCUGAAGGAAGGCUAGGGCAACAGGGGGGCAGGCAACGGCAACGGCAGCGGGGUGGCGCCCUAGCCGCUGACGGCUGGGGUCUGUAAUAGGCAAGUCGCCCUGCUCCGGUCCAGUGAUCAGUCAGAAGCAACCGUCGCCAAUACCGGCCGCCUCAGCAAACUCAGCCCUGCACCUGCACCCGCACUUGCAACUUCCUUCUUCCGUCGAUGAUGGUGUGUCCUCUGCGGUAGGUACUCUACGUUUUUGUACUGCGACUACCUCGGGACUAGGGUCUCUAGGUUCGUUGUUGGAGUUUGUUCUGUGUCUCACCGGCGCCGUCCUCCAUCCCCCUUCCCCACGAUAUAAUGCCGCGUGAGCACCCGCCGCCAUCCUCCCGCUGGUCACUUGAUCAAAUACACUUUCUGUCACCGUCUUCACUACUGACAUUACCUCGCGUCCCCUCUUGGCUGUAUAUCAUCCUCGCGCUCCCAGUCGUCAUGGCCGCCGGUAUCUUCUCCAUCCCAGCCUUGGCCGAAAGGGUUGGGUUGCGCUACCGUUCACGACAGCAGAAGCGUGCCGACUUGCUCAAGAAAAGGAUGGGCUCAACAAAGUUCCUGGGCUCCCAGGUUGGAGGCAGCUCCGUCAUCAGCUACUCAUACACGGAUUUCCCCUGGAAGCUGUUCGCCUGGGAUAUCUACUACUUUUUCAACUAUAUCUGGGCCUUGCCAUGGAUCGUCUGGCCCAUCAGCCCGGCCGAUUCUGGCCACCUCGAUGAGCUGGCUUUUACGAGACAGAACCUCUUCUGCAUCUUCAUCCACAUAGUACUGUGCGUUAUGCAGAUCGCCUUCAUACUGGCCCUGCCCUUCGCCAUUUUUUUGCCAAUCUGGGUGGCUGGUCUCGCUUUGACCGCCUUCUUGGCGGUCAACUAUCUGCUUUGCCUUUUGCUCAACGGCCCGACGCUCACAUAUACCUCGGACCCGAAAUACGCAUCAGAGCUACCGGAGCACGAUCACGAGAAAUGGAUCUUCCUGAACGGCGUUGCUGUAGGGGACCACUGGAUGAAGAAUAACCUGAAUAGGCUGGCUCUCACGUUCAAAAGGCCAAUCUUGGGCAUCCACAACCGGACGUCGGGAAUUCUCUUCGAUGUCGUCGAAUGUCUCAUCCAACGAAACUUGGGCUACGCCACGUACGAUGUACGAAUGUGCUACCGCAUCGUCAAAGAAACCCUCUAUAACCCGAAGUAUUCCAAAGUGAUUUUCGUGUUGCAUUCGCAGGGCGGCAUCGAAGGCGGUCUUGUCCUCGACUGGCUCCUGCAAGAACUGCCACAAGAUCUCCUUGGCAAGCUUGAGGUAUACACAUUUGGCAACGCCGCCAACCACUUCAAUAACCCCCACCGUCACGUUAUGUCUCAGACCGUGGCGCAAAAGAACCCCACUGCCAUGACUACGACUAAGACCACGACCACGAUGUCCCAUGGAGACUCCAUCAGCGGUAACAAAGCCGGUCUCGACGACGCCUCAACUCUGAACAACGGAAGUGAGACCCUGAAGAGCCACCCUGGCAUCCCAAACCUGCCCAACGAAGGAUCGUCAACCUCGUCACGGUCGUCGACUGCAGCGCUGGACCGAGCCAUGGGCCAUGUGGAGCACUACGCCCACUCAACAGACUUUGUGGCGAUUUGGGGCGUCCUGCACUUUUGCACAUCGUUGGCUGCCAGCCACACCAUGCCGCGCUUCAUCGGGCGGCUUUUCGUACGAGCCUCGGAGCGGGGCGGUCACCAGUUCUGCCAGCACUACCUGGAUGGCAUGUUCCCUCUCGCCAAGGACCCAGAGACGGGAGAAUUCACUGGCGCCUCGGAAGAAAACGAGUUCAUGGAGAGCGAGAUUCAGAUCGGCAGGCAAGGCGAUGCCGGGGCCAAUGCCCGCGAGGCAUUCGAGGUCUCAUACCUCGGCCGUGAUUUCGCAAGCAAUGUAGAAUUUCACGGGGAGCAAUUCAAAGGAAGGUUCAGAAAGCGGACCGUCCAGGUCAAGGAACUCUCCAGAUUGUGGCUUUACCGCAACGGCGGCAGCCCUACCGAAACUCCGCCACUGCUGUUCAAGGAGAAUGGCAUUGUUAGGAACGCGACUUUGUAAGGAAGCAGUGCGGAGCUUUUGGUGUUUUCCUUUCUUCUGUCUUAUUCUAGUUCAUAGCCCCGUAGUUUGAUACCCUGUUAUGCCAUUGUUUUCUUUGCAUAUGUAUU